UGUCAAAAAAAUUAUUGUUUAAUUCAAAAAAAAUCUCCAAAUUGUUCAUUUUAUGCCACCAAUGAUACGAUUUUUAUAGAUUCAUAAUGGAUAUUGGAACCGAUAUGAUAUUCUAUGCUGCCUGUAUACCACAACAGGCAAGAAUAACAAUUCCAUCACCUGGAUUUAAUCCUGAACAUUUUAUGUCGAAUGAUAAAAAUGAAAUACUGAAAUUAAUCAAACGUUAUAAAGGUUCAAGAUUUAAAUCAUUUGCUCAAUAUGAUGAAGCCUUGAAAUUUGUUCUGGAAGAAAACUGUGAUGUUAUUACAAAUACACCUUCCAAUCAUAUUUUAUCAUCGCCAAAUAAUAGUCCAUCUUCAAGUCAAAUAAUUUCUGGUUCAAAAUCUACUGGAAUGGAAGAAGCUCCACCAUUUCCAUCAAUCGAAUUACGUGAUCUAAAUGUUUUUAAACGUGCCAUUACAAAUAAACAAUUAGAUUCGGUUCAACAAUUUGUUUACAAUAAUCCACGUUAUCUAAUAUCAAAUUAUUUUGACAGUCCAACCAUAAUUGUCCAAGGUGCUCGUUAUAAUGCUGUUCAUUUAGCUAUUCGUAACAAAAGUCCAGAAAUUUUGAAUUUUAUUCUCGAUACAAUUAAUUCGGUUGAUUUUGUUCAAAAAAUGAACCCGAAUUUCGCUGAAGAAUCAUUAAUUGAAAAACGUGAUCAUCUUUUAGAUAUGUAUCUAAAUUCACCCGAUAAAGUUAAUUUCGAUACACCAUUACAUAUGGCUUGUAAAUUUGGUGAUUUAGAAUGUAUUACUAUUCUAGUCGGUUAUAUACCGGUUUUGGAUACACAAAAAUUAAACAAACAAAAUCUAUUGCCUUAUCAAGUUGUUCAAGAAUCAUCAUUACGAAAAAAAGUUCAAGAACUUAUUAAUUCAUCUGUGUUCAUAACGGUAACAAAAUCGGUAGAUAAUUUUGACAAAUCAAUUAAUAAAGCAUGUCAGGUUGGAAAGAAAAUGCUUGAAUCAACAUUGAAAAAUACUCCAGAAAAAAAUGUACAAAUAUCUGCUAUUGUAGGUCCAAUGACAACAGAAAAAUCAAAAAAAAUUUACGAAAUAUUUAAAAGUCCAAAACGAUGUACACCUGAACAAAGAAAAAUUCGUUUACAAGAUCCAGAACGUGGACUUGAACGUGUUGUUUGUGAAUUAAGUAAAGAAUUUGAUUUAGAAUAUUGUGAAUAUUGGCCAUUUCUUGGUGAAUUUGUUGAUUUUUCUCAAGAAAAAUAUUUAAAAAAAUUAGAUGAUUAUCUACGUUCAGUACAUGAUGAAUUAUAUCUUAUAGAAUCAUUAUCAAAAAUGGAAAUAAAAUCAAUGAAUGAAAAUGGACAAUUAUUGGAAGACAAUGAAUUUCAUGAUUUGAAUGAUGAAAAUUCUCUCAAUGACAACAACAACGACGACGAUGAUGACAAUGAUAUUUACUAUACACCACCAACAAGUCCAAAACCUGAAUAUGAAUAUCAUCAUCAUCAUCCGAAAAUAUUAAUCGAUUUUUUCUAUAUAAAUGGUGGACAAAAAGAAAAAAUUGAUGAUAAUGUUUAUAAUGCUGUAAAAUUAGCAUUGAAAAAACGACAAUCAUUUCAUGAUGAUAAUGAUGAUGAUAAUGAUAAUGAUGAUGAACAACAAUCAUCAUCAUCACCAUUGUUUGAUGAAAAUUUACAA